AAUUCUUUCACCGCUCGUCCUUGUCUGGAGGCGUGGAUUCUUGGUCAUUAAUAAAGUUUUGAUUUUUACCAAAAGUCGACGAUCGAUGGCGAAGCGGAGAGAGGUAGAUGGCGAUGAUAAUGGAUCGGUCCGGGCAGAGCGGGAUUGAUAUAAUAGAUUAUAUCGGAUUGGAUCGAGGUCGAAGAAGAGGGUGAAGGCAAGAGGGCCCAAAAGGGGGGCGAAAAAAAUGGAGUUCCCGCCCAUCGACCCCUCUUGAAAUCUAGUAGAGCACAGCCGCACAGGAGCGGGGGCAGGCGAAGCAGGUGGCCAAGCACGAGGAGAGAGAGAAGAGAAGGGGGAGGACGAGGAGCGAACUCAGAGCACGCGUUGCGGUGAAGCGUACGGGGACGAGAUGGACACGCCCGAGCGGAGCAAGGUCGCCGGGACGCCGAUCUCCAAGUUCGAGGAUUCACCUGUUUUCAACUUCAUUAAUAAUUUGUCUCCAAUCCAGCCUGUUGAGCCACAAGAUUCAUUGCAUGUUACACAAACGUACCAAUCACUGAACUUUGCUUCUCUUUCUUCAAUAUUUAGUUCACCACAUAUCAAUCCUCCAAGGGAAACUAGGUCCUCUGGAAGGGUUCCUCUCACAAACUCCAUUAAAGAGGAUAAUGCAUCGAAUAAUGCUGAUGAAAGUAACUUAUUGUUGGAGGUUUCUGAUGUUGCUAGGCCAUCCCGAUUCACUACAAGCGCACAGGAAAAUUGCAUGAUAGCAUGUUCACUCAAUGAGGCUACUGUCGAUCCUCCUGAUCAGUGCCCAAAUCUCCCGAGUACUUUUCCUCAGCCAACCCAAUAUGAAUCCGGUAGUCCUGAUCAUAACCUGACACCUUGCUAUGGUAUUAAAAUGGAUGAUAAGCUAUACGUUGAUAAUACUUCAGUUGAGCUUCACCUGAUUCAAACUAGUGUAGAGCAGCGCAAAAUUUUGUUUGCUAUGGGAAAUGAUGUUCAAGAAACUCAUUCGUUUGAUCUGACCAAAGAUGAAGCAUUUGGGUGUGACUGGGAAAGUUUAAUCUCUGAUGAUGGUGAAGGAUUGUUGAUCUUUGAUUCCUCCAUGGAGCUGGAGGCCCAAAUGGGAGAAGCUGAGAAAAGUAUGGAUGAUGAUGGGAAUAUAUUUGCUUCUCUAUUGACAAAUUUCACAGAGAAUGCUGAUUGUUUACAGAAAAUACAACCUGAUAUCUCCCAUGGUUCUUGUGUCCAUAAUGUCAGCAAUGACCCUUCAUCAAGUUGUACUGAAGGUUGUAAUAUGGAUCAUGAAACAGAUUGUGCCAAAAAAGUGCUGUCUGAUACUUGCCAGGAUCAGGUUGACAUCCACCAACAACGAGGAAUGCUUAGACGGUGUUUGGUUUUUGAGCUUGCUAGUGUUUCUAAAAAGAAUCUCACGCCAUCUACUUCUUCCUCCAAAGGCAAGAGAAUCUGUGGAGCCAACAAUUUGAAGCUUAAAACUACUCCAUUACGUGCCUUGCCUGGGAUCGGGUUACAUUUGAAUGCCCUUGCUACAACAUCGAAGGAUACAAUGGUUACAAAAGAUGCACCGACAUCUGGAAAACAAGUAAUCAGCAUUCCAAUUGAUCCUCUUAUAUCAGAGACAACUGAGAGGGAAAAUCCAACAAAUUCCUUAUCUGUUGGAAAGGAUUCUGGCCCUGAGGAUAGCGAAGGCCAUCUCCAAAUUGUUCCUUAUGAUGAUCCAAAGGAUGCAAUCAUUAAUAACUGCGAGGAGUUGACUCAAGGUAGUCCAAAGAAGAAGAGACGCAAGACACAAAGUGGAGGCGAUAGUGAAGGAUGCAAGCGUUGCAACUGUAAGAAGUCAAAAUGUCUGAAACUCUACUGUGAGUGCUUUGCUGCUGGAGUCUAUUGUUCUGAGCCCUGUUCAUGUCAGGAGUGUGUUAAUAAACCUGUCCAUGAGGAAACUGUUCUAGCUACUCGUAAGCAGAUAGAGUCUCGUAAUCCGCUUGCAUUUGCCCCAAAAGUUAUUCGAACAUCUGAAUCUGGCCUCGAAGUAGGGGAUGACGACAACAGGACUCCUGCUUCAGCGCGACAUAAGAGAGGAUGCAAUUGUAAAAAAUCAAAUUGCCUGAAGAAAUAUUGUGAAUGUUACCAGGGUGGAGUUGGGUGUUCAAUUGGGUGCAGAUGCGAAGGAUGCAAGAAUCUAUUUGGAAGAAAGGAUGGUACUCUUCCAAGUGCUGAGGGAAUUGAUCAAGCCGAGAAGGAAGCUGAUGCAUACAUUAAGGAAGAUGAUAAACUAGAAGAUGGACAACAAAGCACAAGCAUUCAAAUUGAGCAUCAUGCUCCAGGAAACAUUUUGCCAGCCACACCAUUGCGAAGUAUCAGGCUACCAGUUGAAAUGCCAUUCUAUUCAAGUUCAAAACCUCCACAACCAACUAGGCUUUUGAUCGGACGCUCACCUGCGCUCUAUGGCUCUCACAUGAUUCGGAAACCUGAAUUUGUUCACCUUCAAACUAAGCUGGACAAUGUCACCACAAUUCUCGAGGAUGAUGACACUCCUGCAAUUCUAAGAUCCACUGCAACUUCCACCACUGGCAUCAAGGUUUCUUCCCCUAAUGGGAAGAGGGUUUCGCCUCCGCACACCGGAGUUGGUUUGACACCACCGAACCGCAAAGGCUGCAGGAAACUGAUACUGAAAUCAAUCCCCUCCUUCCCAUCUUUAAGCACUGAUGAUGCUGAACACUGAUGUUUAGCUGAUCCGGUGUAGUUUCAGUUUACCGUUCGAUUGUGAAUGUGAAUGCUAAUGCGAAUGGACUACUGAAGUAGCCCACAAGGCGCAUCGACAGUCCACAAGGCUCAUGGACACCUCCACGGACCUCAGGCUUUGAGCAGUUUAUCGUUGAAGAUUAUACGAGAUAAGAUUAGUUUGUGUUGCAAGUACCAUUAGUAGUGCUGUAAUACUUGUUCAUAAAGUGCACUUGUAGCAUCAAUUCCUUCCAGGUUUAUUUAUAAAGUGUUCUCUUCUAUCUUCA